UCCACGUAUUAGUGGUGGUUUUCCGGCACUAAUCCACCAAAAGCCCUCCAAAAACCCACCCCAUUCCCAACUUCAGAUGCUAUUCUUUGGUCUUCACUCUCCGCCUAACUUAAAUUCAUCAAUUACCCGUUUCAGAGCCCGAAUUUGACCCAAAACAGCUGAAUAAUCCGAAAAAUAACAAGUACCAGCACCAGAGAUGAUCGAUGGUUACGAUGAUGAUGCAUCCACAUCACCACCAAACCACUGCUCCGCCGCCGUCACACAACCACGGCAAUCCCCCGCCGCCUCCUACCUCUUCUAUUUCCCUUAGAUCCCCUGCUUCUGCACCUCCUAAUAACACUACUAACGACUCCACUCCCACUUCUGCUUCUACCCCUCACUCUCAGCAGCCUCACUCCUUCAACCACCUCAUCUCUCUGGGUCGUGGGGAUCAUUACCUCCCAUUGGGGCCCUCCCCAGCCCAAAACCAACCCCAAGACUCCUCAGGUUCCAUUUUGACCCGGGUUAGGCUCUCUGAUAUAUUGCCUUACGAUGGGGCACCUGUGGCUCCCUACUUCCGAGCUGUGGAGGCCCUUUCCGGGUCCCUCAUGAGGCACAACGCCGCCGUGAUUGAGGUUGGUUGUGACGAUGCGGCUUUGCUCCGGUGCGGGCUUGAAGCGGCCCGGUUGUUUUUCCGGACUAGAACUGCACAUGUUCCAGGUGGUGGUGGUGGUGGUGGUGGUCCUGGGAGUUGGGGUAAGGGUGGUCGUGGGGUUUAUAUGUAUAGGCCUGGAAGGUCUUUGGAAGAUAUGGACCCACCCCCUCCAUGCAUGGCUGAUGUUUUUAGAUGUAUGGGGAAAGCAGCUCGAGCUGCAUUAUGCGCCAUUGCAAGGCAUCUCCGUCUCCGCAGCGAUGUUUUCAACCACUUGCUUGAUGAUAGCCCAUUGCCUGCUAACGAGGCUUCUUCAUCAGUGCUUGUUGCAACCUUUUCCAGUACACACUCACUAAAUGGAAAAGGAUCUACAGGAGGUGGAAAGCUGAGUGGAAAUGGUGAAGUAGAGAAGGGGCUGUUGACGCUGAUUUCCUCAGAUGCUGCUGGACUUCAGGUUUGUGACCCCAAUGGCCGUUGGUACCUGGCUGAUAGUGGCUUAGUUCCUGGGGACAUUUUACUUCUCACAGGCAAGGCUCUCAGCCAUGCUACAGCUGGUCUGAGGCCUGCGGCUUCACAUCGCUCUGCAUUGGAUAUCCCUCCAGCAACUUCUAGUGGCGGAAGGACAUCCCUGGUCUUUAGGCUCAUGCCACAAGGCAAUGCAAUACUUGAUUGUUCACCAAUUGCAGCAGCUGGUCAUGUCAUUCCUCAGAGUUAUGUGCCAAUCUCUGUAACCGAGUUUAUGGAUGACCUUUCUGUAGAAGAAGAUGUAUUAUGUAACCAGAGUGAUAUUGCUUAUGUGGCACAAGAUAAUUUGAACAGGGAACCAUCAUUGAGAAGUGUUCUCUCAGAUCCUUUAUCUGGUGCAUUCCUGGAAGAUGCUAUGUUUGUUUCAUGUGGACAUUCUUUUGGUGGGCUCAUGCUUAGAAGGGUCAUCAGCACGUCCAGAUGUGCUCUCUGCAAUGCAGAAAUCGAGAUCAGAUCUCUGAUCCCGAACCAUGCCCUAAGAGCAGCUGCAGCAGCAGUGAAGCAUGAGGAUGAUAGGAGGCUAUUCCAUAAUGCAGCUCUGAGAAAGCGCAGGAAGGAGAUAGGGGAGCAUAGGGAAAAUGGAGACAUUACUUCUGAAAAUGGCCAAAAUAGAGGUGUACAAUAUCCAUUCUCAGUUAAUGAGAAAGUGAUGAUAAAGGGAAAUAGAAGGACACCAGAUAAAUUUGUUGGCAAAGAAGCAGUGAUUACGUCACAGUGCCUUAAUGGCUGGUACUUACUUAAGAUAAUUGAAACUGGUGAAAAUGUUCGGCUGCAAUAUCGUUCUCUACGGAAGAUCCAGACUGCCCAGGAUGCAGACGAUGGAGGCCUGUCCCUUCCUGUGCAGAACAGCAGUUCAUAGACUAUAGCUAUUAGUUCCGACUCCCGAUCUGACAUUACCAAAAUUCAUGAAGGGCCUCAACUCAAAGCAGCUGUACGCUUUACCCCUGUAAAAAAAGAAGCUCUAUAUUUACCGUAAGCUAUGGUGCUAGUCUAGAUAGUUGUUGGGUAGAAGCUUGUAAAGAAACAACCCCAUCAUGACCAAGAGGAUACCAGGGCAGAAAGCAAAAGGUUCUGUGGAUGAAAUUGUUGCUCUGUAGCCUGUAUGCUGCAUUUGCAAAACAACGACCUCGUACUCAUAUAUGAAAGGCACAGAUUCUGUUCUUGACCACGUUCCCCUUGUUGAAGAAAUAACAAAAGAAUUCAUGCUGCCAUUGAUAGAAGAACA